AUGUGUGAAUACGGCGCCUACGAGGAGAAUAGACUCGGUACAGCGUCUGUUGACAUGCUUCUCGAGACACCGUCUCGUCUCAUCUUCCCAGUUCUCUCUUCGUCGACACAGUUCGACCUAUUUCGCCAUUUCCCACGACACGACCGCCGGUGGGCAACACAAAACCGGACCCUGGAAGUCCGUCUCCGGCGGGUGGCUGUCUCGAUCCUGUCGCGAUGCCUCCGCGCGACGCCAAACAGGCUCAGUCGUCAAGGCGCGACUUGCCAAACUGGGCAAAUGACCAUCGUCUUGGAAGACAUGCUCGUCGGACUAUGGAAGAGGCAAAGAUGUGAUCACAUACUUCUCAGCUCUGAACCGGACAGACCUCGGUCGCAUGCGUUGAAUGAAGGUGACAAUGUCAACUCGGUUAGGGGGUUCACUUUGCCUCCAAAAGGGUAUUCAACUUUCGGUUGGAUCGACUUGCCAUUUCCACCUGGCUCCGGACACAAUCACAAAAGGGUACCAUCACAUUUCAAUUGGCCAUUUUCAUCGGCAAGUACGCGCAUUCGAACUGUACAGCAGUUCGAUCUCGCUCCCAUUUCAUGCUCCAUGCUCUCGACGAGACUCGAAUCUGGAUUGUGUCAGUACAGAUUACACAUUUAUGCACGUACGCUGCUACGCUCCACGGCCUCGAGUCUUCUCGGGUCAAAAGGCAAAAAUUAA